ACCUAUGUAAAUAUAUUAAGACUAAUAACAUAUGCCUAGAAUUGUCUGCCAUAGAAUAUUCUAACAUUAGUAAUAAUUCUUCUAUUACUACUUAACUCCCUUUCAGGUAGGUAAAAUUUUACUUUAACAACAUUCAAAAUUUCACUUGGGCUUUCACUACCACAACUAUAUACAAAAAGCAGGAUGUAUAAAAUACUAAAAUAUAAAAUAAACAGCUAAAUUAUUUUAAAAAUGCUUCUAUUUUAUUGUACUCUUAAAUAAUCGAAAAUAACACAAUUUUUUAGUAAAUAAUCACUGAAACUAUAGAUUAAGCUGAUUAUGAAUCCUGUUUUUAAAAAAUCCUAUCAGAUAACCUACAUCAUGUUAAACAGUUAUCUUUUUUUAAGGAAGUAUGGAUGACGAGAAGAAGACUCGCCGAAAAAUAAAAAGGUUUACGACACGCCUUUUUAGUUCUAAGGGAAUUCUAUGUACAGAUGUGAGAGGACCUAAUAUAAUAAUAUGCAAUGCAGGUCAAGCUACAGGUCUAGAUAAAAAAUAUAUUUUAGAAUUAGUGUUAGGAUUGCCUAAUAGUAUAGAAAUGCCAAAAUUUAUAGCAGAGAAAGGAGAAACAUAUUCUUUCUUAGUUUUCAAUUCAACUGAAAACUCCUCAUUAUUUUAUGAUACAUACAAUGGGAAAUCUAAAUUUAGUGAAGAUACAGCUUUUUAUAUGUGUUUUGUGGAAACGGUACCAAACACAGAUGUGAUAUGUUACCAUCCUAACCCAAAAGGUUUACAAAUAAUAGAAGAUUUCAUAACUCCAGAAGAAGAACUGCAGUUAAUAAAAUUGUUUGAUUGGGACGAAAAUGAUAAUCGUAGUAAUUUAAAGAAUCGGCUUGUGAAACACUAUGGGUAUGAGUUUCGAUAUGGAACAAACGAUGUAGACUUGCAUUCACCUCUUUUAGAAAUGAUACCUAAAGAAUGUAACAUGCUUUGGAUGAGGCUUAAACAACACGGAUUAGAUGUGAGAGAACCUGAUCAGUUGACUGUGAAUAAAUAUACCCCUGGUCAUGGUAUACCCAAUCAUGUUGAUAAUCAUAGCCCAUUUGGAGACACUAUCUUAUCUUUGUCACUUGGUUCUACAAUUGUUAUGGAUUGGAAACAUCACAGCAAUAUACAAAUACCAAUUAUAGUGAAAGCUAGAUCAAUGCUUGUAAUGCAAGGGGAAGCUAGGACUGGUCCCUGCGAGUGUGAAUACAAAACCAUGUGUGACAGUGUAGAACCUAGUUCUGACAAUGUGCAAGAUGAUGUGGCGUCGAACUUAGAGGAAUUGCAUGUUCAUCAGGUCCGGCGAUCGAGCAGGCCACACGAUGGGGCCUCCGCGUCCAAUCCAUCGAUCACCAUAUUCUAUGGUGAGAUGAUCUCGGACGGCGGCGGCGUAAUGGGGUGGUGCACCGUCCAGUUGAAAAUAAAAAUCCCGGAAGUAGGCCACGGGCAAGUCCUCCAUGAAAUCGGCAAUGACAUGCCGCAACAUAUCGAGGAAGUUGCCGCCGGUGAGCGGCCCUUCGAUGAAGUACGGCCCCAGUAUUUUCGUGCCUAUAACACCGGCCCACACAUUGACACUAAAGCGCACUUGAUGGUGGGUUUCCCGAAUCAUAUGCGGAUUUCUGAAGGACCACCAGUGUUCGUUAUGAUGGUUAUAAAGCCCCACACGAGUAAACAAUGCUUCGUCAGUCCACAAAAUGUUGGCAUUAGGAUAGCGGGUGAACGUAGCGAUGGAUUAUUACGUGAAUGUAGAGAGCGGUUACGUGAUGGUGGCGCUGGCAGUGAAUUGUUAGCGGACUGCGUACGAUUGGAUCUGUUACACGCCGGCCUCAUCGACGCGUGCGCUGACGUCAUCAUAUGCAUCGCUGUUAUACACCACUUCAGUAGUGUUGCUAGGAGAUUGCAAGCUAUCGCCACAAUAUGUCGAUUACUGCGGCCAGGGGGAAAAGCACUCAUCACUGUGUGGGCAAAGGAUCAAACUAAAUCGAACUAUCUUUCUAAAACUAAAGCCCAAACUACUUUAGAAGAACAGCAUGUGACUGUUAACGGAAUAAGUUUUCCGGUACAUGAGAACAGAACGCAGUUCCAACAUAAUGACGUACUGGUGCCAUGGAAACUACGGCAGCUCAAAGACAAUAAAACUUUAGAGAACAUACCAAAGGAUACUUUGUUAAGAUUUUAUCAUGUCUUCGAAGAGGGUGAGUUGGACGAACUUUGUAGACAAUUACCUUUAAAGGUCGAACAGACCUUCUAUGAGGAAGGAAAUUGGUGUGUCGUUGUAAAAAAGUGAAAAAUAUGAAUAAAAAAUAAAAAGACA